GCUUUGAGAUGGGGGUAGACGAGGGGCUGGGGGUUUGGAUACAGCACAGAAACACGCUUGCAUACGCUCACUCAUUCACUCAGUCAACCAACCAGCAAGCCAGCCACUCAGUUGGGCAGACAAAGAAGAGAAACAUCCUGCAGGAGGACAGCACGCUCCCGGGGGAUGGGGCAUCAUACCCCUGCAUCACGUUGGGGGGGCCGGAGGAGGCACAGGAGAGCCAUUCAGAAGAGCCGGGGGUCAAAGGUGAGAAGAGCAGAGGGCACUAUGGAGAGUGAGCCAGGGGCCCCUGCCUCCACGGCCAACAGUACCGGGACCGCCACCCCAUCCACCACCACCUCUUCCAGCACCACCGCUGCCAGCAGCAGUAGUACCUCUAGCACUACUACUACUACUUCUACCACUUCCACUAGCAGUAGUAAUAGUGGUAGUAGUAGUAGUAACACUAGCAGUAAUUCCAGUAGUAGUACUACAACAGGAAGACAGGCAGUGCCUCAGAUAUCUGUUUACAGUGGGAUACCUGACCGACAAACAGUGCAGGUGUUCCAGCAGGCGUUAAACAGGCAGCCUAACACAGCAGCACAGUACCUGCAGCAGAUGUAUGCUGCUCAGCAGCAGCAUCUCAUGUUGCAAACCGCAGCCCUCCAGCAGCAGCACAGCCUCAGCACCGCUCAGCUCCAGAGCCUGGCUGCUGUACAGCAGGCCAGUAUUGCAGCUGGCCGGCAAAGCUCUUCACAGAACGGCACUUCAUCCCAGCAAACAGGAUCUACUCAGGCGACGAUCAACCUGACCACCUCCCCAGCAGCAGCCCAGCUGAUUAGCCGGGCCCAGAGCAUUAGUUCCACCCCCACCAGUAUAUCCCAGCAGGCUGUUCUGCUGGGCAGCCCAUCUAGCCCCACUCUCACAGCCAGCCAGGCACAGAUGUACCUGCGCGCACAGAUGGCCCAGCAGAGUAACCUGGUGCAGGUGGCCAGGAGCCUGGGCCGGGCUGUUCCUCUGUCCCCGCAGCUCAUCUUCACUCCAACGGCCACAGUGACAGCUGUCCAGUCAGAGAGCUCCUCCUCACAGAAUCAGGUCCAAAAUCUGGCCAUCCGUGGCCAGCAGGUGGCGACCACGUCCUCCUCUCAGACCCAGACCCUGCAGGCUCUAAGUCUGAAGCAGAGCCCUGUGCCCAUCCAGCCUGCCUCACUGAUCAAGAAUCCCAGCCAAGGAGCACAGGUCUCCACAGGAGGCAAGGCCAGCUCCUCCAACAGUUUGUCUGAAGGCGGGAAGAAGGGGGACAGUGCAGCAGUCACAGAAGUCAGAGCUAUAAACAUGAGCCGCAGUGUCACAGCUGUCAGUGCUCAGCCCCUGAUCGCUCCAGCAUACACGCAGAUACAGCCCCACUCCCUGGUUCCGCAGCACAAGCAGCAGCAGUUUGUGGUCCAUCAGAGUCAAGGUUCCCAGAGGACCGCGGGCCAGCUGCUGCAGACGGCCUCCAUUCAACCAUCACAGCACCCUGUCCCUGUACUGCCCAAACCUGCUCUACACCAGACCUCCACGCCCAGCCAGCAGGCCACCAUCUUCCACUCCACCAUCAGCCCCCACGCCCUCCACUCCUCCCUCAACCAUGCCAAAGCUCAGCCCGUCCAGCUCACUGCUAUCAACCUACAAAUACAACCAACGGCCUCCCGACUGGUUCAGGACUGUAAAGAUAAGCCAACCUCACUGGUGGUCAGAGAGACGUGUCCAACCCCCACCACGCAGCAACAGCAGCCCCAACAGCAGCUCCAACAGCCCCAACAGCCCCAACAGCAGCAGCAACCUGCACCUUCACCAUCACAACCCACCAAGCCUGUAGAGCAGCCCAAGGUCGACCCAGCCACACCAGCUGUUCAGCCACAAGGAGGGGGCACAACCAAGAGGCUGAGUGCGGCACCUGAGACCCCACCUCCAGCCAUGACCUCAGGAAAUGAGAGCGAGGCGCCCACCGUGACGGGCAGCACGCCGCAGAACGGAGAGAACAAACCGCCCCAGGCCAUCGUCAAGCCCCAGGUCCUCACACAUGUCAUCGAAGGCUUUGUCAUCCAGGAGGGAGCUGAGCCGUUCCCCGUGUGUGUGGAGCGUCUGCCCAUUCUUAUUGACAGCCCAAAGAAGCUGGAUCAUCAGCUCUCCUCAGACCCCGACAAAACCCCGGUCAGCAACGCAGCAAACACUGACUCUGAGCCAGAGGACAUGAACCAGCCAGAAAAAGAGCAAGAACCCAAGCUGACAUGUGAAUACUGUGGCUGGGUCGACUUCGCCUACACGUUCAAAGGCUCUAAAAGAUUCUGCUCCAUGGUUUGUGCAAAGAGGUACAAUGUGGGCUGUACGAAGAGGAUAGGCCUUUUCCGUCCAGAGAGGAGUAAACCAACAAAUCGCUGGCGUAAAAGAUCUCAGGGCCGCUCCAGUAUCGAAGCUAAGAAGCAGAAGCUAUCCCCCUCACCGCAGCAGACUCAGGGCGGUUCUGUAUCCUCACCGCAUCCCUCACAGCCCAGUCAGGAGGAGUCCAGCCCCUGUUCGGACAUGUCCAGCUACGAGGAGCCGCCGUCUCCCCUGUCAGCUGCCAGCUCAGGACCCCUGGCUCCUGCUCCGGCCCCAGCUCAGGUCCCCGUCCACCGGCAUCCGAGCAGGGCCUCGGACCAGGAGGGCUGCGCUGGGAGAGAUGUACCUUCGCUCUGUCAGCACUUCUUACCCAAUGACCCCACCAAGUGGAAUGUGGAAGAAGUUUAUGAGUUCAUCCGUUCACUGCCAGGUUGUCAGGAGAUAGCAGACGAGUUUCGCUCUCAGGAGAUUGAUGGACAGGCCUUGCUCCUGUUAAAGGAGGACCACCUCAUGAGCACCAUGAACAUUAAACUGGGACCUGCACUCAAGAUCUUCGCACGCAUCAACAUGCUCAAAGACUCUUAGCAGGAAAGUGUGUUGUGCACACCUGCAUUGAUCUUAGUGCGUCUGUAUUUGUGUGUGUGUGUGUGUGUGUGGGCAAAUGAUGCGUCAUUCUAGCACUGACAACAGACUGACUGCACUAUGACCUCGCCUCGCCUUUGACAGAGAAUCUCACUUAAGCUAGCACUCAUAUAUUAUACACAUACAACCAUGUAACCAUGUAAACUUUGUCAUCCGCAGGACUUUAUUAGAGUUGCAGCUCGAGCACUUGGAAGCUGUUCCUCUGUGUUUAUGCACUCACAAGGGUUAAGCAGUUAUUUGCUAGUUAGAAACAAUGUAGGCAGUGGACUGAAAUGAAGCCACAUUGACGUCCGUGCCAAAUCCCAAAAUGUUGAUCAUCACAUUACAUGAGUGAUCAUAUUUGAUUUACACCUGGCUUUAACACGCAGGCUGUAUCUGAAUAUCUGAUCUGGAUAAGGAACAGCGCAUGUUAACGCUCAGUGUAAAUGCACCCCUGUUUGGCCACAUUCGCAGCAUCACUUUUUCCUUGACCUGAGACGUGCCGCGUUGUGUACCUAUUUUGCAUAUUAAGAACUGAUCAAAAUGCGGGCAGAUUUGAGAUAACGAGCGCUCAUUGAUACCAGGUGUAGAUGCAAAGGCCUUUUAUCAAAUGUCAUUAUCCAGAUAACACAUCUAGAUUCGGAUUCCAUGAUAAUAGCAGAUUUGAUGGGGUCUCGGAUUUGGUCAGAGGAAAAAAAGCUUAAGGGAGAAACGGUGAAAAAAACAAAGUUGAAAGAAGUGGUAGUGCCAGAGUGCACUACCUGUUCAGUUGUGCAUAGGCUGGGUCAUACUGCAGCACAGUCGUUACUGAAAUGAAGCAUUAAGACAAACAUGAGUGAAGUCUGAAUUUAUUAUUAUAUUAUUAGAGAUGUUUUUUGUACAGUUUUGUUAGCGUGUGAAUGAAAGAGAAGUGGCUGUUGUGUGUGGCUGGGAACAGAAGAUUGCAUUCAUUAAUUUGCUCAUUUUCAUUCCGUAGAUGCUCCUAAGCCUUUUUCUCACCGCUCUCGAAUACAAAGCUUGAAUGCAGAGAAACUAUUGAAGCAGCUUCUUUCGUGACAUCGAUUUCCCUUUCAUGAGGAGCUCGCCACUUUUCUCCUGUAGAUUUAAACUGCUUACAAAUUAUUUUUUGGCGCUUUUUCAAAAUUAUUUACUAAACUAUGACAUUGUCAUUUCUUGUCUCAGUUUCAUAGGAGGACACUACAUUAUCAGAGAAACAAUUCGGUUAUACUGCUCUUCGCACAGCCCUGCUUUUGGCACUUAUUUUCCUUUUCGUUUGCUUUAAUGUUACGAGGCACUCCACCUAAAGUGAGAGACAAGUUUAUAUGUACAUACAGUAGCAGCUCAAGUGAGGAAAAAGACUGAGACUAGUGUGAAACUAUCAUUGUUUUAAGUUAUCCUUGUUAUUUUAAAACAGAAAUUUAAUGGUGUUCAAUAUUUUGAAAUAUGCAAAUGUAUAAAUAUGGCCUGGGAGUUGUUUUUUUUUUUUUUUUUUUCUUUUAAAUGUUUUUCUUUUCUAAUGAAAAUAUGAUAUCUAUUUGUGUUUUGUGGCUGUGAUGGAAGGUCAUCUUUUUUAGAUAAGGCUUUGUCAAAUGCUUGUAUUUAUCAAAACAGUUUGUUACACAACAUUUUUGCAAUUAUAAUUAAUUUGCAAUACA